AUGAGGAAGAGAAUCGCCGAGCUCGAGGAGGAGAUCGCCGCGAGCUCUAGGAAACCGUCGCUGACUGACUUGCUGGGCUUGUUGGGGUCCUUCCAGUUUCUUUGCGGGGACCUGACGGAGGCGAAGCUCUCAUAUACGCGAGCAGUAAGCCUGGAAGAAAAGGCGCUGGGAGGAGGCCUGGGAGGACGCAAGUUUGCAGCAGCACUAGCGAGAGUGACGAGACAGAUAGAGGCAGAUCAAACUGUGGCAUCCGUUCGACCAAGUUCGGAGGUCUUCAGCGAGGAGCCCUUGGUCUUGCAAAACAUCGAAAGGCGAGACGGAACGAAACUUGGCUACAUAGAGUUCAUGAGCGAGUACGCGGACAAGGGAGUUCCGGUCAUUCUCACAGGAUUGUUUGAAGCCGGCAUGUUUGUGAGGGGCGCCUGGAGUUUCGACAGGCUGCAAGAGGAACUGGGCAACAAGCUGAUUGUUCCUCGGCGGCGAGUGGAGGAUUCACCCGAUUGGGCUCAUCUCGAAGACUCGCAGCAGACUUCAUUGUCAGAAUUCUUAGAGAAAAUCUCUGCAAGCAGCUGCGAAGAUUACAUCUUCGACUGGAAUCUUCCCGGAAAUGCGCCAGACCUCGUCGAUGAGUUGCGGAUUCCAAAGUUCUUUAGUGGAGAUUUGCUUCAGCAUCUGCCAGAAGGAUCGCUGUACAGGGAGGCAUGGCCAUCGUUGUUCAUCGGGCCGAAAGGAAGCAGAUCUGGGCUUCAUAUCGAUGCUUUCGGCAGCAAUUUCUGGAUGGCGAUGCUGCAAGGGCAAAAGGAGUGGACCAUCUUCAAUCGUGAGGACGCCAGUCUUCUCGGACCAUCGUACCAGAUCUCGUUGGACCCCACGUUUGCAGCUGAGAGGGACCUCGCUCAUGCUCCCACGGGGACUUCGGAGCCCAGAAAGCAUGCUCUUUGGCGAGCAAGGGGCUGGCGAUCUCUGCUCAGUGCAGGAGAGGUUACAAGAUUGUGUCAAGGGAGCCCACAUGCAGUGAACAACGUAACGGCGACGCUUGCUAUCUCUGCCAACUACAUUGACACCUCCAACCUGGAAAGAGCACUGGAAGAGCUUGACCUGAUAGCUGCCGAAGAUCCACGAGCUGUGUGCGUUCUGGAGCACCUAAGUCGAUUUCGAGGCGGGAAACACGAUCAUGAGCAUGAGAAGCAGCUCUUUGCAUCAUGGUCAGAAUUCAAGAGAUCUCAGAGCAAGAAGAGCCGAAAUGGUCCGCUAGGAAGUACAACUGACUGA